AUGUCCACGGCCGCAGCGCCUUCCGGCAGCAUCUUCAGACCGUGGGACGAGAGGCAACCGUCCAGCACAAGUCGGACAAGGAACAGAUCUCGAAGUGCGUCCAGGACACAGAGGAGUAACCCUUCGGAAGCAUCCGAGGACAGUUCGACGGAAGCUGCACCCCUCAGAGCAGAAAACGGAAUUCAAAGCCCUGUUUUGAGCUCGUCGCCCUUAUCGUUGCCUUCGGCCGCCGACCUGUACGCAGAGUUGAGCCGCGCAGAUUUGGCUCGUCUGGGGUUAGUCUGUCCCGCCGAUCUCGCCCGGCUGCGGGCGCGCAAGCAAAGACCCAAAAAGUACCGCUGCCCGCACUGCAACGUCGCCUUCAGCAACAACGGCCAACUCAGGGGACACAUUCGAAUACACACAGGAGAGCGUCCAUUCCAAUGUCCUCAUGAAGGCUGCGGAAAGGCCUUCACGCGCAACGAAGAAUUGACGCGCCACCGACGCAUCCACUCUGGCGUUCGGCCCUACCCUUGCCAAACCUGCGGAAAACGUUUUGGCCGCAAGGACCACCUGAAGAAGCACGCCCGCACCCAUCAAAAGGCUCUGCAGCAGGCGGCCGCGCACCACUCGCUGGCCGCUGCCCUUUUCCCUCCAGGAUUGCUACUUCCACCACCCUUUUUUGCGGCCCAGCCAUCGCCCCUUGGCUUUUGCUAG